AUUUGUUUUCAGUUUUACUAUCACAUAAUUCACCACUUUAUGUCUCUAUAGUCUCAGUAGCUCUGCCACUUCCGUGGCUGCACAUAUAACUUUGCUCAGAGACAUAGAUUUGCCUUUACUUCUGAGUUAUUUCAGUUGGGCUUCAAUCUUUGCUCAGAGAUGAGUUUCCUUUAUUUCUGAGUUAGUGCACGUAGCAUUUGAAGCAUCUGUAAUCUUACACAACAUUGCUCAUACAUGGGUCUCUGACUGAAUUCCUGUGAAAAAUUUUCUUUAUAAAAAUUUAUUCUAGCUAGAAUUACUGUAUAUAAAACCAUUUUCACUAAUCAAGAUGGACCCAAUGUUCAUGGCAUUGAGUUAUUUUCGUCGUCGAAAAUACGACGAAUGCGCAAAUCUUUGCACUAAAAUGCUGGAAAAGAACCCGUACGACCAGGCCGUCUGGUCGCUUAAAACACGAGCCCUUACAGAACAAGUUUACAUUGAUGAAGUGGAGGCAGAAGAGGUUGGAAUAGCUGAAGUUAUCAUGGAUGAUAAUGCUGUAGCACAGGUUGCAAGACCAGGUACCAGCAUGAAACCCAGCAGUUCAGGUCGAUCGACCGGGACAAGCCCAGCAGUGAGGCCAACCAGUCAGUCAGGAAGGCCUGUUAGUGGUUUUGUGAGACCAGGUACCCAAUCUGGAAGGCCAGGGACCAUGGAACAAGCACUCAGGACCCCUCGUUCAGCACAGACAGCUCGACCAGUGACAAGUGCCAGUGGAAGAUUUGUGCGACUUGGGACUGCUUCGAUGCUUUCUAAUAAGGAUGGGCCUUUUAUCAACAUGUCUCGACUGAAUUUGAAUAAAUAUGCGGGCAGGGAUAAUCUGUCAAAGGCUUUAUUUGAAUACAUUUUUCACCAUGAAAAUGAUGUCAGAAAUGCGUUAGAACUUGCUGCCCUUGCAACAGAGAAAUCUCAAUAUAAAGACUGGUGGUGGAAGGUCCAACUUGGCAAAUGUUAUUAUCGUCUUGGUAUGUACCGGGACGCUGAGCGCCAGUUCAAAUCUGCGCUAAAACAAGAAUCUAUCGUAGAUACAAUGUUAUAUCUCGGGAAAGUUUAUCAGAGAUUAGAUCAGCCGUUAUCAGCUAUUGAUAUCUAUAAUCAAGGUCUGGAGAAAUAUCCUGGCGAAGCGAGUUUGUUAACAGGGGUUGCUCGUGUCUAUGACGCUAUGGACAACCAAGAAGAGAUGGCAAAAUGGUACCGUCACGUUUUGGAUCACGAUCGCACGAACGUCGAAGCCCUUGCUUCGAUCGCAGCGGACUAUUUCUACAACGAUCACCCGGAGGUCGCUCUCAGUUUAUACCGAAGGCUGUUACAAAUGGGUGUCUACAACGUCCAAAUUUUUAAUAAUCUUGGUUUAUGCUGCUACUACGCACAGCAGUACGACAUGACUUUUAAAUGUUUUGAGCGCGCUCUAUUGGUCGCAGAAGAUUUAGAAGCGGCAGAUGUAUGGUACAAUGUCAGUCACGUUGCGAUUGGAAUCGGUGAAUUAAAUAUGGCGUACCAAUGUCUACGCCUCGCUGUUUCAAUAGAUAACAGCCACGCUGAAGCUUAUAAUAAUCUCGGCGUUUUGGAAUUACGUCAAGGGGACAUUGACAAAGCUAAAGUAUUUUUUACAUCGUCCCAAGAACUGGCUCCAGGGUCAUACGAAGCGCAUUAUAAUCAGGCGACUCUUUCGCAAUCCCUCGGCGACCUUCAGACGACCUACAUCUCAACUAUGAGAGCCACUGAAGCGUUUCCUGAGCAUGUCGACUCAAAGGAUUUGCUCAAAGUGUUGAAAGAUCAUUUCACAAGUUUGUGAAUUGCAUUUAGCGGUAGUGACCUAGAAGUUAAGUUUUGUGUCAUAUAAUUUGCUGUACUUAUUUAUCUGUCAUCUCUGUAUGGAUUACCAGCUUCCCCUUGUCUGAAGCCUUUAUCAGUAAAGAACUCUAUAAAAGUUUUGUUUUGGGUAACUUUGGUUUAACCAGUUUAUUUAUUUUAUCACAUUUGUUGUACAGUGUCUGUAGAGAACGAAAGGAUAAAAUCCUUCAUAGCUGUCCUCCAAAGACAUCUCCCCCUUCUGUAGGGGGUGAACACUCCCUGCCCCCUAAUUCUGAGGCAUCACUUUUAAUUCCUAACUAUAAUUGAAUCGGAAUAUGCGAAAAGUGGCUUAUAAGUCAAAUACAUAAAUAACACAUUUCUAUAAAAUAUCUGCCACCCUCUAGAUUCCAAAACACCUUCCUUGUCCCUAAUCAAAGCUCUAUAAAAGUUUAAUGUAGUGAUUGUCAUAUCUGUACAAACACCAUGCCAGUUACUUGAUUGGGGCCUUGUUCAAAGGAGCAUGUUUGAUGUUAUAAAUGGCAGUAUCUUUCACAACCUUAAUUUAUUAUAUUUGUUUAAAUUAGUUUGUUAAA